AUGGAUAAGCUCUUGGAGCAAGAACUCGUCGGUCAAGUUCUGUGGGAAGAAAAGUUUCUCCCCCAAGAUGCCAAGUCUAUUAUGGAUGCCCUCAUCCUAGACACCAAUUUCACACCAACAUCUCUCAGCAAGAUUCACUAUUCAGUAUCCGGGCCAGGAGAGAAGAAGGUUCAGGGAGCGCCUGUCUUUCAUCCUGCUAGUUGUGGCGCGGGCGGGGUGUGGCAACUCGAUAAGAGAAAUGUCUGGCCGAGGCUGCUGGUAAACAGCAGGCAGACACAGAGGGGACAGAAGACACAACCGCGCGCACAGAUGAGCAAGGUGGCAGUGGCGACCAAUACAGAAGUGGAUUCAGAUUCCUCUUUCACAUCGCCCGAAACCGACAAGAGCUUCGGUGCCAAAGGAUAUGACGACAAGAGCCCCAACAAAAAGUGUCAGAGGGCAUCGGCAACGUUGGAGGGCAAGUGGACUUUGCUCUUCAAUGCUGUACAAGCUGCCAUGCACGCAAUGUACGCGAAGAUCUUCCCGAACCCCUCGGCUGCAUUCCCCUUUUGUCCCAUGGACAUUACCAGCGGCCUGCCGAAGCGUAUCUGGUCCUCCCAAUUCUCUAACUCUGCCGUCCCGGACGACACAAACGCACAGAAGCCAGACAUUAUUCUGGUGGAUUGCAAUCUGCGUAGCCUCCCAUUGCGAUGGUGCAACAUUAUCACAUGUUUCGAGCUCACUGAAAGCUCACUGUCCUUGACCUCGAAAUUGUAUUGGGGUAGCGCCACUAAAGGGUAUCUGAUAAUGCGAGAGCAACCCUGGCGCCGGUUCGUCUUGAUUUUCAGCAUCGCCCAUAACGAGCUUUGUCUUCACUACUUUGAUCGCUCAGGUCUCAUAAUUUCACACCCCACCUCCAUCGUUGCAAAACCUGUGCGUCUUCUUGAGGUUUUGAACACCUUGACGCUCGCGCACACCAACACCCUCGGGUACGAUCCCACAAUGCACAUGUGCGACCCUACCUGCAAGGGCACACAUCUCGAUCUGAGGGAGAACGCGAUUGGUUGGAUAGAGGGUCCUGAUGAAGCACGUCUAUCAAUCAUAAAUGUGCUUUGGCAAAGCCAAGGUUUUUUUUCUCGCGGGACCAUUUGCUAUCGCGUUCAGACCUUGUCUGGGGUGGAGUACGCACUCAAAGACUGUUGGGUCGCCGAGGACAAGAGAUACCAUGAGGUUACCGUUCUCCGGAUGGUUGAAGGCAUCCCGAAUGUAGUUAGGCUCGUGGCCGAUUGGGAUGUCCUCUAUGAUGGGGAGCCGGACUGCACGCAUCGUAUUCGAGCCUCCCAUGGUAUGCAUACCUCGGGGUUCAUUUGCAGAUUUUACCGGCGCCUUCUUUUGACCCCCUGCGGAGAGCCGCUUUUAUCCUACUCCUCCAAGUCCGAGCUGUUGAGAUCCUUCUAUGACUUUGCAAGGGCUCAUGAUUUAAUGCUCGGAAGGCAUAUCCUCCAUGGAGACUUAAGCCCGAAUAAUUUCAUCAUCCAUGAUGGACAAGGGUAUUAUAUCGACUUUGAUCAUGCUGGGAUCAUUACUCAAGGCUCCAAGCAUAUUCGUUCACAGGGCACGGGCACUAAACCCUAUAUGUUGAUCCGUCUUCUGCGGGGGGAUGUUGAUAACCAAAAGAAGGAGGUGAUGAUUGAACACACAGCAAGCGAUGAUAUGGAGUCACUGUUUUAUAUCUUCGUCGAAUUUGCAACCACCUUCGACGGGCCACGCGGUGUAACGAGAGAUCAGAACAGGCGGCCCUUGUGGGUUGAGCACUAUGAAGUCAUGGGCUCCGCUUCCUGGGUAUCCAAGCAGGGAUAUGUGCUCUCACCGCUUGUCGACAGGUCGUUGAUGACAAAAACAACACCAUUCUUUGGAGCAUUCAGUCAAAUCAUACAGGAAUGGCGUCAUUUAAUCCUAGCAGCAGCAAGCGAGACGAACGACUCCUCCCCCGGUGUGACUCAUGCGGCGCUCCUGGGAAAGUGGAUCACCCAGCUCCCCCCAGAUUUUCCCGAAGAAAUUCCUGUGCCCAUGGCAUCAUCGUCGAGAUUGGCACAUCCUCCACCCGACACCCAAUCAUCCGCGGGCCCUCGUCGUUCUGCAUGCAUCCAACAGAGAUCAUGA